UUCUCAAGCUUGAGCCUGCUUGAAGGUAAAGUUUGCCCCUCUCUCAGCUCAAGUGACUUAAUGUCGUUCUUUCCCACACACACCUUUCUGUUCCUUCACCUGCAGGACCAUGCUAGUCUGGCCCUAACUCCCCGAACUGCCAACUUGAGCUAGCACCUGACCGGCAGUCCCGUAGGCAACCUGCCCCUUUAAGAGCACCCCCCUCCUCCAGCUCCUCCUUCAGGCCUGGCGGCCGGAUUUCCCAGUUGGGACCCAGCCCUUUAAAGCCAUCGCUCCUUCUUCCUGGCCGGAUGUGUGCUGAGACCCAGAGUCACCCAGGGGUCUCCGUCACGUGCCGGGAGUAGGCAGAAGUGGGCUGUGACAGGUGCAUGUGGGCAUAGACUCCACAGCCCGGGGCUCAGGAGGGACAAGGAGCUGGGACAGGGUGGAUCCCGAGAGAAAGCAAAGCCGCUCGGGAGUGGGCGAGAGAUGUCGUUACGCAGCUGCUGUGGCCCGAUCAACCCUGUGUCAAACCCUUCCUGUGCCUUCCCUUCCGAUCAGGAAAUGGAGCUCAGUGCAGCCCGCUAAGUUGCUCCGGGCCCUACAAUUAACAAGCGGCAGAGGCAGGAUCUGAACUCAGGAGCUGCUUAGAGAUGCUGCUGUGGCCACUCCUGCUGCUGCUGCUGCUGCUGCUGCUGCCAACAUUGGCCUUGCUCAUGCAGCAGCGGUCCCAGGAUGCCAGGCUGUCCUGGCUUGCUGGCCUCCAGCACCGAGUGGCAUGGGGGGCCCUGGUCUGGGCAGCCACCUGGCAGCGAUGGAGGCUGGAGCAGAGCACGCUCCACGUGCACGAGAGCCAGCAGCAGGCCCUGAGGUGGUGUCUACAGGGAGCCCAGCGCCCCCACUGUUCCUUCACAGACAUAAGCACCUUCCGGAAUCAUCUCCCUCUGACCAAGGCCAGCCAGACCCAGGAGGAAGAGAAUGGAGAGCAGCCACUGCCCCCGACCUCUAACCAGGACCUGGGGGAGGCCUCUCUGCAGGCCACCGUGCUGGGUCUGGUAGCCCUGAACAAGGCCUACCCAGAAGUGCUGGCUCAGGGAGGCACUGCCCGCCUGACCCUUACAUCCCCUUGGCCCCAACCCCUGCCUUGGCCUGGGAAUACCCUGGACCGGGUGGGCACCCGUGGAACCAAGGACCCCAGGGCCCUGCUGCUGGACGCACUGAGGUCCCCAGGGCUGAGGGCACUGGAGGCUGGGACGGCGGUCGAACUCCUGGAUGUUUUCUUGGGUCUGGAGGCUGACGGUGAAGAGCUGGCUGGGGCGAUAGCUGCCGGGAACCCUGGAGCACCUCUCCCUGAACGGGCAGCUGAGCUGCGGGAGGCCCUAGAGCAGGGGCCCCGCGGACUGGCCCUUCGGCUCUGGCCAAAGCUGCAGGUGGUGGUGACUCUGGAUGCAGGAGGCCAGGCCGAGGCUGUGGCUGCCCUCGGGGCCUUGUGGUGCCAAGGACUAGCUUUCUUCUCUCCUGCUUAUGCUGCCUCGGGAGGGGUACUGGGCCUAAACCUACAGCCAGAGCAACCCUAUGGACUCUACCUACUGCCCCCCGGGGCCCCCUUUAUCGAGCUGCUCCCAGUCAAGGAAGGCACCCAGGAGGAAGCUGCCUCCACCCUCCUUUUGACCGAGGCCCAGCAGGGCAAGGAGUAUGAGCUGGUGCUGACGGACCACGCCAGCCUCACCAGGUGCCGCCUGGGUGAUGUGGUGCGAGUGGUUGGUGUCUACAAUCAGUGCCCAGUCGUCAGGUUCAUCUACAGGCUGGGCCAGACCCUGAGUGUGCGAGGGGAAGAUAUUGGCGAGGACCUGUUCUCUGAGGCCCUGGGCCGGGCAGUGGGGCAGUGGCCGGGGGCCAAGCUGCUGGACCACGGCUGUGUGGAGAGCAGCAUUCUGGAUUCUUCUGCGGGCUCUGCUCCCCACUACGAGGUGUUUGUGGCGCUGAGGGGGCUGAGGAAUCUGUCGGAGGAAAAUCGAGACAAGCUGGACCACUGCCUUCAGGAAGCCUCUCCCCGUUACAAGUCCCUGCGGUUCUGGGGCAGCGUGGGCCCUGCCAGAGUCCACCUGGUGGGGCAAGGGGCCUUCCGAGCACUCCGGGCAGCCCUCGCUGCCUGCCCCUCCUCCCCGUUCCCGCCUGCGAUGCCCCGGGUCCUUCGGCACAGGCACCUGGCCCAGCGCCUGCAGGAGAGGGUGGUGUCCUGAGUCAAGGCCUGCCCCACUACCCAGCUUCCCCCAGAGGCCACCUUGCUCCUCCCUCUGGGACCUCUCUGGAUGGGGAGUCCUUGGCCGGGGUUUCUGACUCUGUCACCUGACAUUUGCCCAUGAGAGCCACUGGACCUUAGGGAGGCCUUGGCCCAGCUGACUAGUUCUAAGGUAUGGGCCUCUGGGGUUAGUAGACGCCAGCAGUGCCUGCCCGUGUCCCUGUGUCCAGGCAUGGAGGACACUGCUAGAGAGUUACCAUGCACACCAAUGGUUUCCUGUAUCACAGCCCAAGGGGGUUCUCUGGCAGCCACAGCUGUGUGCUCAGUCAGUGCACUGGGCAAGCUGGAAGUGUCGGGGGGUUAAUGUCUCCAGGAGCAACCCUGAGUCAAUAAGGAGCAGGACCUCAGCUUCACUGUCCUUGAGCAGGACAAUUCUGAAGUGUAUUCUACAUAAACUCUCAGAGGAUGCCCAGCAGGAUGGCGUCCCAGUUGCCCACAGCAGUAACCCACUCAUUCAUGUACUUCCUGCUCCUCCCUUCCCUCUCUUCCCCACUCCGCACUUGGGCUUCCUGGGAUGGCUCCCAAAUAAACCUCUUGCACCCAGA